AUGAAGCUCCUAACAACACUCAUCGCCGUCCUGCCCGCUCUCUCCUCGGCUCACUCCAUCGCCCAACGCGUUAGAGUCAACGGCCUGGACAACGGCGAACUAGUCGGCAUCCGAGUCCCCACAAGCAACAACCCAAUCCUAAGCGUGACCGACCAGAACAUCGCCUGCAACUCGGGCUACUCGCAGCCCGUCUCCACCAAAGUCAUCGACGUCAAAGCCGGCGACAAGGUCGGCGUGCAAUGGGGCCAUGUCAUCGGCGGUGCACAGUACCCGAAUGAUCUCGACCAUCCCAUCGCUAGUAGCCACAAGGGACCUACCAUCUUCUACAUGGCCAAAGUAGACAAUGCAACAACCGCCUCACCAACCGGCCUCAAAUGGUUCAAAGUCGCUGAAGACGGACUCGACAGUGCCGGGAAAUGGGGCGUAGACAGGAUGAUCGCAGCAAGCGGCUGGCAGGACAUGACACUGCCUACCUGCCUAGCCCCAGGCCAGUACCUGCUUCGCGCGGAGAUCAUCGCGCUGCAUUCUGCGAGUAGCGUGGGUGCGGCGCAGUUCUACAUGGGCUGUGCGCAAAUCAAGGUCUCGGGCUCGGGCACGACGACGGGGACUCCGACUGUUAGCUUUCCUGGUGCGUACUUGGCGACUGAUCCGGGUAUCUUGGUUAGCAUCUACAAUAACCAAGGUCAGCCGGUUGGAAACGGACAGCCAUACAAGAUUCCUGGACCUACUGUGUUCAAGUGUUAG